CAAAAAGAACAUUUCCUCCUUCGUCCUCUCUCUCUCUCUCUCUCUCUCUCUCUCUCUAUAGUUUGAUCAGUUCACGAUCUCUGAUCUCUCUCCCUGUCUGUAUUUCUCUCUCCGGUCGAUCUUUGUUCGAUCCGUCGAUCGGAAAAUCGUGUCGGGCUAUCUUAGCAGCCAUGUCGUACUCCGACUCCGACUCUUCGUCUCAGGGUGUCGACUACAAGAAUUUCCGACAGAUUACACGUGACCGACUAUUGUAUGAGAUGCUUAGGUCUGCUAAAACAGGGAGCUCGAAAUCCACCUGGAAAGUGCUUAUCAUGGACAAGCUUACUGUCAAGAUAAUGUCGUAUGCCUGCAAGAUGGCGGAUAUCACUCAAGAAGGCGUUUCAUUGGUAGAAGACAUAUUUAGACGACGACAGCCUUUACCUUCCAUGGAUGCUAUAUACUUCAUUCAACCAACGAAAGAGAAUGUUAUCAUGUUCUUGUCAGACAUGUCCGGGAAAUCACCACUGUACAAAAAGGCGUUUGUUUUCUUCAGCUCACCUGUUUCUAGAGAUCUUGUCGCACAUAUUAAGAGAGAUUCUAGUGUCUUACCUCGUAUUGGGGCUUUGAGAGAGAUGAAUUUGGAGUAUUUUGCCAUUGAUAGCCAGGGUUUUGUCACUGAUAACGAGAGAGCUUUGGAGGAACUUUUUGGUGAUGAGGAAACUACUCGAACAGGCGAUGCAUGCUUGAAUGUGAUGGCUAGUCGAAUUGCUACAGUCUUUGCCUCCUUGCGGGAAUUUCCAUCAGUACGCUACAGAGCAGCAAAGUCACUUGAUGCAUCGACAAUGACAACUUUCCGUGAUUUAAUUCCUACAAAGCUGGCAGCUGGCAUCUGGAAUUGUCUGGCAAAAUAUAAACAAACAAUUGAAAAUUUCCCCCCGACUGAGACGUGCGAGUUGCUCAUCCUUGACAGAUCUAUAGACCAGAUUGCCCCUGUCAUACAUGAGUGGACGUAUGAUGCCAUGUGCCAUGAUUUACUGAAUAUGGAAGGAAACAAGUAUGUGCACGAGGUUCCAAGCAAGACAGGUGGACAACCGGAGAAGAAAGAUGUGCUUUUGGAGGAACAUGAUCCUAUUUGGCUUGAACUUCGCCACGCACAUAUAGCAGAUGCUAGUGAGAGGUUGCAUGACAAGAUGACUAAUUUCUUAUCGAAAAAUAAAGCUGCUCAGAUUCAACAUGGUAUGAGAGAUGCUGGUGAGCUUUCCACAAGGGAUUUGCAAAAGAUGGUUCAAGCAUUGCCACAGUAUAGUGAACAAAUUGACAAGCUCUCUCUCCAUGUAGAGAUUGCUAGGAAAAUCAACGACCUCAUCAGAGAGCAGGGGCUCCGGGAACUUGGACAACUUCAACAAGACCUUGUUUUUGGUGAUGCUGGAAUGAAGGAUGUAAUUAAAUAUUUGAGUACAAAAGAGGAUGCAAGCCGUGAAAAUAAGUUACGCUUGUUGAUGAUUCUUGCAACAAUUUACCCUGAGAAAUUUGAGGGUGAAAAGGGUCAAAAUCUGAUGAAGUUGGCGAAACUAUCAGCCGAUGACAUGACUGCUGUAAAUAAUAUGAGAUUACUUGGUUCAGCUGUGGACACCAAAAAGAACUCCACGGGAACUUUCACUCUGAAGUUUGAUCUUCACAAGAAGAAAAAAGCUGCUAGGAAAGAGCGCCACGAAGAAGAAACAUGGCAAUUGUCUCGUUUUUAUCCCAUGAUAGAGGAACUCGUCGAGAAACUUGGCAAAGGAGAAUUACCAAAGGAGGAUUAUCCAUGCAUGAACGACCCGAGCCCUAGUUUCCACGGGACAACAUCUCAUUCGUCAUCAGUAAGUACUCCAGGUCAAGUUGCUCAAUCCAUGAGAUCGAGACGGACACCCACAUGGGCUAAGCCUCGGAGUUCAGAUGAUGGGUAUUCAAGUGAUUCGGUACUGAGACACGCAUCAAGCGACUUCAAGAAGAUGGGUCAGCGGAUAUUUGUGUUCAUAGUCGGUGGAGCCACCAGAUCAGAGCUAAGGAUCUGUCACAAGCUGACCGGAAAACUGAGGAGAGAGGUAAUUCUCGGGUCAUCGAGCCUCGACGAUCCACCGCAGUUCAUCACCAAACUGAAGCUUCUGACGGCAAACGAGUUAUCUCUGGACGAUCUCCAAAUUUGAGAUGAUGACCCGACAGAGUUUUACUUCUGUUUUGUAACCCAAAAAAAAAAAGUGUACCUUAUUCUUUUUGUCGGCUAUUGUAAAAAAAAAAAAAGGAAGCUAAUUCACCUUCUGUAAAACGCAUAUAAUUGGCUUCGUAAUCGGACAAUUCAUCUAUAGAUUUGGAUAUUCCUUUUUUGGUAAUGUAA